GAUAAACACAAAAACAGACGCCAUUUUUUUGGAGGGGGUAAAACAUUUUCAGAAGUGUUCCCACUUAAGAAAACAGAAAUGGAGAAAUCGGAGCCGUGGCACAACAAGGAAACGAAGACGCUCAUCGGUAUCUGGUCGGAGGAUGAGGUGCAGAGGGAGCUGGAGGGAACCGUCCGGAAUCAGAAAGUCUUCCAGAAGAUCUCGCAGCGCAUGUGGGACCUGGGCUACAACCGCAGCCCGGAUCGGUGUCGAGUCAAAAUCAAAAAGCUGAAACAGGAUUACAGGAGACUGAAUGAGUACAACAAGAGGAACGGGGCGAAGCGGAAAACUAACCAGUGGUACGAAGCGCUAGACGCGGUUCUGGGACGCGGCAGGGCGGAGAGCACCGACAGGAGCGCCGCAGCCGAGUCCUCCAGCUCACUGCUCCACUCUGUCAUCAGCUGCAACGGGCUGCAGGGCGACAGUGACGAUGUUCUGUCAGUGUGCCUUGAUCACGCAGAAGACAGGAGCAGAAGCAGGAUCGGUUCUCCUAUACUUCCAGUAACGUUACCCCUGUCUCCAGGACUGUCCUCUCCUGCGUCCAGCAACGUUACAGCCGAGGAACCUCGACCCACCAUCCCCCGUAUCAGAGGAAAAAGGAGGCAAGGUCAUUCGAACCACAUCGACGCGAUGAGAGAGAUCUUUCUUAUGGCAGAGGAUCGUGAGGACAGGCGGCAACGAGUUCAGCAGGAGUUUGAAGAAAGGCGACUGCAAGUCCUGCAGGAGUUGGAACACUCAGCUGGGAUUCGGGAGGCAGAGUUGAUUAACACACUGGCACAGUUUAACCAAGGACUUCUCAGCGUUAUGGGGCAGCUGGUAUCUGCCAUGGCCGGCAACCACCACCCCCAACCCCAACCUUAAAACAUUUCACAUUGUUCUCUCUGGAUUGUGACGCAGAGACAAUUGUUCAAUUCAUUUUAUAAUAAAAAAGGAAAAAACUCUUUUCGGUA